GAGCCCAGCUCUCUGUGACUCCAGAGCCUGUGCUGUUAAUUGCUUGCUUUCUCUGUCUUAAACUGCGUUGAAAUGGUUGUCCCCCGGCAGCCAAGGGUGGGAGACCUGUGACCCGGUUAGUGUCGUAACUCUCCCGGUGCCUCCUACCGAGCACAGUAGGCCCUCCAGACAUACAGGAUAUUUUGAAGGGGAUCCUUUCUAAUCCCGCGCGGUGGGGCAGUGUUCAGGGAACCGGACGCUCAUCGAAUCACUGGAAAGUUCUGCUUAGCCAAGGGCUUCCCCUUUUUGCUACGUUUAAAUGCCCCAAGUCACCAACGCGUGCGGCGUGAGAAAUGCAUUCUGCGCCCCGUCAUAAAGCAUGUCUUACAUUUCAUGUGCAGACUGUACCUAUAGACCAUUUUGACCGUGGAGGUAUCUUUGUGAUUCAGAAAGUACGAUCCUUGACUUCGCGGUGGGAGGGAGGGCAGGACAGGUGGCGGAGGAGGGGUCCAGCACAGGGCUGACACCAGCCCAGGCCCCCAGUGCCCUCAUCCCACACCCAAGCAGGUGUCUUGCCAAGGGCUAACCUCCGCCAGCCUUUUCUGCACCCUCAGUGUGAUUCUGACCAUCUCCGUUUCCCGGUCCUGCUACUUCUCACGCUCCCCCCCUCUCCUGUCACUAAGAGUGCCCGUCUCCGUUUCUUCAUCCUUGAGGCCCACUCUCUUGUUUUCAGAAGGUUUCCUAGAACCUGCUUCUGAAAAAUCUUUGAGAAUGAACAAGCCCCACUUAGUAACGUGACCGCAGAUGAACCGCCUGAUUUGGUCUCCUAAGUCCUCAGAGAAAACUCUAGAGUAGGGGUAGAGGUGGGUGUGAUGUUGGUUUUCAAGCCGUCUUCAGGGUGGUGGGGAGGCCCCAGCGUCCGGGCUGGGCCCUGCCCACCCCUCAACUGGAAAAUCUGUUUCAGUAGCUAGUUUCCGCCCGGGUAAGAUUCUAGUUUAAAUAAAAUCCGGAAACCACGACCUCACUAACGUCCUCGUCCAGAAGUCCGGAAAGCUGGUUCUAGGUCUGGUUCCGCCACGUUGCACUGGGUGGACUUUGCCAAGUCCUUUACCUUCACUGGGCCUCAAUUUGUCCAUCCGUACAGUGGGGUCCUUGUGAUUUCUGGCCAGAGCGGCAAUGAGUCUUUGAUGAUGCUCAUGCAGCCGCUUAUGCUCCUGAGUUGACAAGGAAAAGCCCAUCAGGGCAGGGGACUGACUGAGAAAGGGGUGAUACUUGAUGAAAACAGCCCCACCCUCCAUGGGUACCCUGGUUGGGACAAAUCCAGAGUCACACACACUCCCGGGGGGAAUGAGCCCCCCUCCGUCUGACAUCCCAGUAUUCCAUGGAAGUCACUCUGAGGCCGCGGGCUCUCUGGGAACCAGACCCGUGGGCCCCGUGGUAGGGCCGGGUGCCCCUCCCAUGCCGUGAGCCCCACAUCCUGCCUCGCCACAGAGGACCCCAGGAGGCAGGAUGCACACUUGCUCGCCACAGCUCUCGGUGCCUGCACAGAUGUAGAGUGCGGUUUUGUAGUAUUUUUGGCUUUAUUGUUUUUGCAAAAGCCAGAGGAAGUCUGUAGGCGGAGCUCUGCCUCCCGUCCCCGAAGGUGACUGGUCUGCUCGGUCCGGGGCCAGCAGAGCUCAGGACGGAGGGGGAAACUUGCCCUGGGCCAUCCGUGGGCCACCCUGCCUUGAGGAUGUCACUGUCACCAUCCCAUUUUCCAUAUGAGGACACUGAGGCCCAGAAAUGACCCAGAACUCCCCCUCCCCCACCACCUCCCACUCUACACAAACCCAAAGGGACCUCUGCUCGCUGAGCUCUGAGCACUUUGCAUCCUGUGUGCGGCCCACACAUAUUGAGGGCCCACCGCUGUUCUCAGUAUGGGGGACACAGCAGUGAAGGACACAGGUGAGGUCCCUGCCCCCCCUAGUGGGGGAAGAGAGACAAAUAGAGAAGGAAUACCGUGUACAGUGAAGUGUCAUUUUGUGACUGAGUCUGCAAAGGGAAAUGUAGCUGAGCAAGGGAGCACUGACAGCGAUGCGACUUUAGGGGGAUCAGGGAAGGCCCCUCCAAGGAGGGCAUGUGGGCAGAACCAUGAAUGCAGCCAGAAAGCAGGCUGUGUGGAUUCCAGGCUAAGAAUUUUCUAGGCGGGGCAGGAAGGGUGGCAGGUGCAAAGGCCCUGGGGCAGGGAAUGUGACUGUUGUAGCAGAACACUCUUCGACCCUCUGUGUGUUUGCCUCCCCACUCUCCCACCAACACAGCUACUAGUCUCUGUUGUUUCCUCCAUCUGUCACCUCCAAGUGUCUGCAGGGGUGAGGUAGGGGGUCAUGGCUAUGUAGCAAAAAAAAAAGAGAGAGAAGGAAAAAGACAAGAAAAAGAAAAGAAAUCAAACAGAAUUGAGUGGAGCAGAAGAAAAGUGUAUAUCUAAUAGGAAACGACUCAUCUGAUUCCUUAACCCAUUUUGUACAGUUCAUUCCUGGUUGACAUUUGAAGUAGCUUCAUAUUCGGUAGGGGGUGGGGGGGGCGGGGCAGAAGCAGACACACCUGUGGCCCGGCACGGCCAUCAGCAGGCUGUGAUCUUGGGCAGCGUCCCGUCCCGCCUGGAGGUCCCUUCUUCCUCUGUCUUGGUUGGUAUUGACACCUGUCUGGCACCUGCUGAAGCAGCUCACGGGCGGGGUGUGCUGGAAGGGACAUGUUUGGAGAGUUAGGGACCACGAGUUCAAGUCUUGCUGCCACCACAGACGCCUAUACAGCCUCGGACAAGUCACGUCCCUGAGCCUUGCUUUCCCUACCUGGAAAAGGAAGCAGAGAGGUAGGGUCCUCCCUCCGUUCCUCUGUGAUCCUGAAAUGCCACAAGCCUUUGCCUCCGAGGCAGGCGGCAGUCAGGCAUCGGGACAGAGCCUUCCAGCAGCUCCCUUUUGAUUUUGUGAGCCUGGAACUCUCAGCAGAGGGAUGCCCAGUGUAGGGGGCACGACCUCGGUGAUCCUGCCUCGGGCAUUCAGAUAAGAGCCUCAAGCAGUCCUCGCCUCUCUCUGGUGUGGGGCCUGUGGCCGUGGAACCAGAAAUUCAUUUCUAGGAGCAGAGGAACGUCUCUCUUUCCCUGGGACCCAGAAGGACUUAUUAAAGUGUUCCAUUAACUGAAGCUCAUUCAGCUGGAAAAAGAAUAAUCAGACAGCAGUUCUGCCUGGUUACUGGCCUGUGAACUCCUUGAAAGUUUCCCAGAAGGAACGCUUAACAAGCCCCCGUGUGGGGGCGCCUGGGUGGCUCAGUCGGUUAAGCAUCUGACUCUCGAUUUCAGCUCAGAUCAUGGUCUUACAGUUUGUGGGAUCGAGUCCCACCUUGUGCUGUAUGUUGACAGUCCGGAGCCUGCUUGGGAUUUUCCCUCUCCCUUUCCCUCUCUGCGCCUCCCCCACGCUCGCUCGCUCUCUCUCCCUCUAGAUAAAUGAAUAAACUUAAAAAUAAAAAUUAAAACUCCUGUAUGUAAGAGAGCCCAGCCCUUCCUGCUUCCUCCCCGACGAGCAGUCAGUGUGGGAGUCGACCAGCAAGGCUGUUAUCGUUCGGCGUCAUCCCUCUGUCCAUCUGCCCGUGAAACAGGCCCCCAUACGGGUACAGUGCCAGAGAUACAGAAGUAAAUGAGACACGGCCUGUGCUCUCAGUGACCAUUCGGGCUCAGCCUGACCACUUUCCUCGUUCGGUCGAACUCUAGACACUUCAUGGCUGAGCUGACUCUGAAGGUCACAAAGAUGUAAACAUUUGAGCAACUUUCGCCUGUCAGUGUUAUCUGUUUUCCACAAUGCCUGCGCCGAAUUCAUUGGCUUAGCCUUCUUCAGUCAAAUGAAUUUUCUUUUGGUUCCUUCCUUCCAACACAUCCUUGUCUCACGUGAAUUUGGGGGGAAGGGAAGUGGCCAGAAAGUUGCUCGUGGGCAACGAGGCACUUAACAAGGGCAUUUUACUGAUUAUAAAGUUCAGGAUUUUGUAGCAAACGGUAAGCAAGCCCUCUUUUGGUCCCAGACUACCUCAGGUCGUGCAAUUGGCUGCUGCAAACAUAACCCUGAAAAACAAUCCAGAUAAAGGACUGGUCAGGGCUUUGCAUUCUGAGCCCACCCAGUAAGACGUGUGGGAAUGCACGAGACCCUUGGAGGACUGUCUCUUGACAAUAGGUUGGCACAGAAAAAGUCUGGAUUUGAUCCCGAGGUCUAACACCUACUAACUGUGAGAUUGUGCAAAUUGCAAUUGUUCAGUGUCUUUCAGCCUCAGUUUUAUCAUCUGUAAAAUGGGAUAAUACCUACCUUUCAGGUGAUUGUUCAAGAUGAUGUAAGAUCACCGUUGUAGGAACAUGACGGGGAACAAAACGGAGUCUGAGCUCAAGGACCCUAAUUGCAUGGAGAACCUUUUCAGCUAUCCAUAAGCAUGUAACGUUGGAAAACAGAGGUGGGCCAGGUGCAGAGGGUGGUAGACGGUGUGAUUCAGGCGUGCAGAAGGUUCAGAGAGAGUCUCUCUGACGAGCUGACAUGGGACCCAGCAUCCUGAGUUAAGUGGUGGGUGUCGUCCUGUCUGUGGGAGGAGCAUCCGGGCAGGGCGCACAGGCGGUGCACGGGUCCUGGGCUUGUCAUCUUGCAAGGGGGCACGGGGCUGGGGAGCACAGUGGGCAAAGGGAAGGCGUGGAGAGUGGGGUCGGAAAGUAGGCAAGGACCAGUUCUAGGAGGAUCUCGCAGGCGUCGAGGGGCACGGGGGAGCAGGAGAGCAUGUUCGGUCCGGGGUUUGCUUUUUAUCGCCGCCCGUUAACUGAGCAGCUAGCCUGUUACCGUUGCUUGGAUCGCGGCAGGCGCCGCGAGGCUCCUGGGUGUGGACGAGGGCCUGUUAUGAAUGGGAGAGAUCUCACACCUCUUCUGCCCAGAGCCCGGGCUCAGAGUUUCCCCUUCUGAAUUUGGGGGCAGGAUGAUAGCUCAGUCAAUGCUCACAGAGGCUGAGCUCCCAAAACAGGAGGGAGUGAAGGUUCUUGGGGCCGGGUCCAGGCCAAAGCUUACCAGAAGUCCCUUAUCUCGCCAGGCCUGGCUACCUAUCUGGAAAAGAGGGAGAAGAUUAGCAGCCGGGCACGUUGUGAGAGCCUCGUAAAUAGAAGUUGAACCUAAAGACCAUGUGCUUAUUAUCUGCAUUAGCAAGAAUAUUGUAUUUGAGGCAAGUUCUGCUCAGAGACUGAGACUGUCUCCGCCAAUAAUUUAACACAGCUUCACUGAGGGAGUUAUAAUUUAUAAUAGUAAUAUUUCACAAGCCAGUAGGAUAGAGGAUGAUGUAUCUUAAUAAGCCAUUAAAGAAAUAACAUACUCCAAACCAGUGAUGAAUUACACUGUUGUUCCAGGCACAGGGGCGACGGGAGGAAUAGAGUCCAAAUUCAGUUGAGGUGCACCUUGCUAGGAGCUGGUUGUCUGUGGAGUCAGGCCUUCCAAGCACCAGCUGUCGGCUUGGGUCCCUCGAUGCCGGGGCACGUAGCUCGCGGUGAGGGCACUGGUGUUGACAGGCGAGGUGGGCUCCUCCGAAGGUCCAGGGACGGCUGGUCCAGGGGCUGCUCCGUAGUGGCCCAGGGACAGCUCUGUGGCUCACACCCCUGCCCACGAGGAGAAGCCUCACCAAGGCAGAAACAGAUGUCCCUUCUCCUCCUGAGACGGCUGCCGGGUUAAUGCCACUGCCAACUGGGAAUGGCCCGGCCAAGGCAGGAGCAAGUGUCUCAAGAUUUCCGGAGAGUUCCUUAGGUCAGCAAAGAGGAGCCUCGCCCGGGCCAAACACUCAGUGAGUCCUCGCAAUUCUUGAUAUUUAACGUUUAAUACUUCUUUUUUUUUAAUGUUUAUUUUUAAGAGACAGAGAGACAGAGCGCGAGCCGGGGAGGGGCAGAGAGAGAGGGAGACACGGAAUCCGAAGCAGGCUCCGGGCUCCGAGCUGUCAGCACAGAGCCUGACUCGGGGCUCGAACUCAUGAACCGCGAGAUCAUGACCUGAGCCGAAGUCGGAUGCUUGACCGACUGAGCCACCCAGGCGUCCCUUUGGUAUUUGAAGUUUAAAUGCCCAUCAUGUCAUAGCCGCCGCUCCGUUAUGUUUUUAUCGCCAAGCCCCCAGCAACUUGGGCACUGCGUGAGCUCCCGCGUGCUUACGGCCAGCAGGUGUGAAUGACAGCGUCCUGACACGGCUUUCUCGGUGGAAGGCAACCCACCCUGAGGUCAAAAGAGCUUUGCUGAAAUCAUAAGGAGGUGACAGACGGCCCUCAGUGCCUUCGUCAAGCAGGCUGCUUAAUGGUGACAGCGUGGGAAAGACCGGGUUGUAAUUAAGUAUCAGCACACAUCAUCCCUUCCGGAGGACGGUGGCAAAGACAGCUUCCCUCUCUCCUGCACCGUGACCCUUCCUUUGAGGUCCUCACCACCCCGCCCCCUCCGAGAGUCCCUGCAUCUGUCGCAAAGAUUAAUUGCCCCUCAACCCCUUUGGAUGGGAACGGAAAUCAUAUUAUUAAGUUUGAUUAAAGCUUCGAGAGACACUAUUGGCUGUUUAAGGACUGCUGACCAAGCCGCCUGCUUAUCUCCUGGAAAGACAGAUUAUAUGCAAGGGGAAUCAACCUCACCCCGAGUGGUCCCUUAGCCGCCGGCCGUCACAGGGUGAUGUCCGGCACACUGGGGUGGCCACUGGCCCGCGGGAGCGAAGUCGGCCGCGGUCCCCCUGGGAGUCCCCGCCUUGCCUUGUGAUCGAGCCUCCAUCUCUGGGAUUUUUCUUCCGCGUCCCCCCCGCUCCCGGGCGUGAUUUCCUCCAGCCUGUCCCUGGGAGGCGUCCUUCCGGACAGAGCAGAAAUGGUGACCGUGAGGAAAAGGACUCUCAAAGUGCUUACCCUCCUCGUCCUCUUCAUCUUCCUCACCUCCUUCUUCCUGAACUACUCCCACACCACGGUGGCCACCACCUGGUUCCCCAAGCAGAUGGUCGUCGAGCUGUCCGAGAACUUCAAGAAGUUCAUGAAGUACGCGCACAGGCCCUGCACGUGCGCCCGCUGCGUCGGGCAGCAGAGGGUCUCGUCCUGGUUCGACGAGAGGUUCAACCGGUCCAUGCAGCCGCUGCUCACGGCCCAGAACGCGCUCCUGGAGGAGGACACCUACAGCUGGUGGCUGAGGCUCCAGCGGGAGAAGCAACCCAAUAACCUGAACGAUACCAUCAAGGAGCUGUUCCAGGUGGUGCCUGGGAACGUGGACCCCCUGCUGGAGAAGAAGUCGGGGGGCUGCCGGCGCUGUGCCGUGGUGGGCAACUCCGGGAACCUGAGGGAGUCCUGGUACGGGCCUCAGAUAGACGGCCACGACUUCGUGCUGAGGAUGAACAAGGCCCCCACAGCGGGCUUUGAGGCCGACGUCGGGAGCAAGACCACGCACCAUCUGGUGUACCCCGAGAGCUUCAGGGAGCUGGGGGAGAACGUCAGCAUGGUCCUGGUCCCCUUCAAGACCACCGACCUGGAGUGGGUGGUCAGUGCCACCACCACGGGCACCAUCUCUCACACCUACGUCCCUGUCCCCGCGAAGAUCAAAGUGAAAAAGAAUAAGAUCCUGAUAUACCAUCCGGCCUUCAUCAAAUACGUCUUUGACAACUGGCUGCAGGGCCACGGGCGAUACCCGUCCACCGGCAUUCUGUCCGUCAUCUUCUCGCUGCACAUCUGCGAUGAGGUAGACUUGUACGGCUUCGGGGCAGACAGCAAGGGGAACUGGCAUCACUACUGGGAGAACAACCCAUCGGCGGGGGCUUUUCGCAAGACCGGGGUGCACGAUGGAGACUUUGAGUCCAACGUGACGGCCACCUUGGCGUCCAUCAAUAAAAUCCGGAUAUUCAAGGGGAGAUGACGCUGCAAAGGAGAACUGAGGCACGCCUCUCUGUGUCCAGCCCCAGCCUCUCGCUGGGGCUGUUCUGUCCUGGGAGCUUUGAGGGCCAGCCUCGGGGGUGGGGGCGUUCAGGUGCCCCUCGCGGCCUCCCGCGAGCCAACAUUGGGCAGCGUCUGCUCAGCAAGGUCCCCGAGCCCCGCCGGGUCUGCGAAGGAAGUCUCAGGACUGGUCUUAGAUGGAAAGGGCCCCUCACUGCUGUCCUGGAGCUGGAGGGAGGUGGGGAGAUGCGGGGGAGGGUCCAGUCUCCAAACACCGAGGUCCCUUUGGCUUCUGGGGAGGGGGCAGAUACUUGGGACUCUGUGUUCUAAAGGAAAGGACAGUUUUCCGGGACGGAUGGGCAGAGACUUUUCCUCUGCCCGGGGACCCAGGGAAGACCUCAGGACAGAGCCGUGUUGGACCAUGUGGACACUAGGGGCAAGAUCGCGCCUUUCUUUGCACGAUGCCCGGCCCCUCCCUCACUUGGCUCGACAACCCCCCGCCCCCCACCACCCCGCUCUCGUCCCAAAGCUCAUUUAUGGUGGCCGGAGAGGCUCCCCGCCCCGAAGGUCUUCACAGACACGUGGCAGAGUGUUUCAGGCCCCGGCAGAUGUCUUCUUCCCAAGCCGAUGUCCCUUGAGUGAUGGAUCUUUGUGGCUGUAACCGUGGCUGAGAGCAGAUCUGACCACUUCCGCGUGCCUUUGUGUCUGGGGAGAAAUACGCGCAUUGGCCGAAACAAGGCAAAAGCCUUGACUCGGGAGAGGGGACCCCCAGCAAUGCCGCCCCCUUGCCCUGUAGCUCGGGGCAUCUUUUCUAGUUUCCUGAGGCAGCGCCUGAGUUGGAGCAGAGCUAGGAUGACAGGCAGUGCUGUCCAGAGGCGCGUCAGCCGUGGAACAUCAUUCUUGCUUACAUUCACAGACCGCUGGAUGUGGCGCCCAUGACCUUCCAAGGCCACGCGUAUAACCUCCACCAGCCGGCACUUUCCCCAGGAAACCCACGUUCUGGGCCACGUCCCUGCUGGCCACCUGUACGGUGUCCUGAGGGCUGCAGGGCCAUCCCACGAACAUGAGUUUCAGAGCGGGAGAAGACAUACCUCAUUCUCUCCCUCCCGGGCUGCUCUGAUCUUUCCUCUUCAGCCUUCCUGAUUAUUUAUUGAUUUAUUCUUUUAACUCCGCUGACGUCGUGUGCACUUUGUGGCUCUGUGGCUGGUCCUGACGGUUUAAUUGAGCUUGUUCUUGCUUCGCCUGGCAGCCGGGGAGUGGGGGAGCUUGAAUCUAGGUUCUUGGGGAGCUUCAGACUCGGGGUGGGGGGCGUCUAGGGCUUGGGGGCUUGCCGGUGGGCAGAUCCCAGGGUUUCAGGUGGGCAGCUUUGUAGGGUGCUCCGUACCUCCUUCCCUUCGGCCCCGCCUUCCUUCCUCGUCAUUGUGGAUUGGAUUCAGUCUCGGGCUAAGAAUCUCCAAAACCCAGCGGGACUCCCUUGGGGCCGGGUGGGGAGUGGGGUCACACGUAUAGAAGGACAGUGAUUGUUGGCUCUAGUUACUGACCCUUAAUCAGAAAAACCGUUUUUCCUGUUGAGAGCAUUUGCUAACAGGCCAUGCCACCUUGAGGAGGCGUGACAGCUUCCUGGGGGAGCGUGAGGCCUGCCAGUCUGGGAAGCCACGGGGCCUGUCUCCUGCGCUCUCGCGGCUCUCUGGCAAGCCCCGUUCUCCCGGCUGCAGCCUCUCCCUCUACAAACAGGGAGGGAGGCAUGUUGUCAGCUCCGGGGCCGCAGGUGGUGUUGGGCAGUUCCCAGGGGUCCCCAGAUGGCAUGCCGCGUUAGUCUGCCCCCCAAGCCUGUGCAUAUGAGCAUCGUCACGGGGAGAGAUUCUUUAGCCUUUGUUACAUUCUCAGAAAUUCAGAAUGCAGAAUGUGAUGUAUAAAAAAAAAAACACACACACACACAAAACAAACCAACACACAAAUGACGUGUGCCCGUUUUAAAGUCCUCCAAAGCAUGAGACUCUCGUGACCGGUGAAGGCUCAUCAGUCACUGUGAGGUCAACAUCUUGAUCGUCCACGCUCAGAGACUAGAGCAGGCAUCUGUCGAUUGGCUGAUUGAGCCCAGGGACAGCCCUUGAGAACCGUGGCCACUGAGACAGGGAGCAGGGUGGACUCCCGAGCUCUUCCUGGGUCCAUACAGGGGUGACAGGUUCAGGGCGCACAGUCGGCUCCUGGGCGUUGCUGAGUCAGAACAGGUCCCUGUGGGGAGGAGGCGCAGGCUGUCCGGCCCGGCUGCCCGGUCCUGGCCGUCUCGCCCUCCCGCUAGGCCCGUUCAAGCCCGCCUGCCUUCCCAUUUAACAGAUCAGAAAAGCAGGACCCGGGGAAGGGAAGCAACUUGCAAAAGUGAAGCAACAAUCGUGACGGCACGAGUCAACCAUUUUGAGCAAAACCAGGAAAUCGUCGGCUCUCUGUUUAAAACAUCCUGAGGUGGGCUUUCCCAGCUGGGUUCCAUCCAGCAUCUCAGAGAACUGUGAUGGGGGGUGGGCCUCUGCCUUCUCCCACCUGGCUCGUCCCCAGGCUGCCUAUGGUGGCCCUGGCAAGCCCUGGUGUCUGCCUUUUGCUGCCAUCCCCCAAGUGGGGGAGAAACCUUGCUCCUCCCAGUGCCCUAGCACACGUUUAUGUUCAUUGGUUUGGUGAAGGGGUCUAAGCCCAAUACGCUCCAAUCACUGGGACUGGGAUCGAAUGCGCCGAUUGGCUUAAGCCAGUUAGCGUCUCUACCCGGGGUAAGGAUGGCUGAGAAUUGGGCAAGACUGUUUCCCACAGAGCAUUGAGCAUGCUGUGGGCGGGAUAACGAGAAACCCCCAGCCAGAGGAGGCUCUCGAGUGUCCACCCCGCUCACUGUUGGACUCCCAGCCCAGGGCUCUGCCAGGUCUCCAGGCACAGGGCUCCUGGGAGGCCAGCCCCGGGCCCCAGGCAUGGAGCAGAGGUGUCCCGGCCCGCAGUCAUCAGUGCUGAGCCUAAAGCCAGAAAGAUCGGGGCUGAGGAGGAAGGGAGAUCUCGGCACUCUUUCCAACCCCCAGUGAGCCAGGACGCUGAUUUUCUUGAGCUGGAGUCACCUCCUGCAAAACCAGCACCUGCUUCCACAGGCCCCCCUGGAGCCCCUGCCCUUACCCCCUCCCCCC